AUGAGGAAAAAAAAGGUGUACGAAGACAAGGGCAAUCAACUCUUGACAGAAUAUGAGGCCAACCUUUCUGAGUUCAAAGCGACUGAGAACUUCAAGAAGUAUGCCUCGACCAUAAAGCGACUCUCGCACAAGCCGAAGGCCAGCUCAGGUGCGCCAAAGAAGCCUGGCACCAUGCCUGCAAAGCCACCAGAUGCCCUGAAGCUUUACAAGGAUGAGUUGGGCGCUGGCAAGAAGACUUCUGAAUUGGUCGCGGCUUUCCAAGAGCUCCCUGCAGAGGAGAAGGCCAAGUACAGAGGGCGAGCUGAAGAAGCGAAGAAAGAGUUUGAGGACCAGAUGAAAGAAUGGAAGAGCACCGAGGAGGGCAAGAAGUACAUCAAAGAGACGAGAGCCUUCGAGAAAAGGCGGAAGCUCACAAAUGCCCGGCAUAAGUUUUUAAAGGAUGAGCCCAAAAGGCCACCCAAUGCCACAUUGCUUUUCUGCAACGAGAAGCGCAGCGAGUAUGCUGCGCAGUUUCCGGGCCUGAAGGGCCUCCAGUUGAACGGCAAGAUGGCGGAAAUCUACCGAGGUAUGUCUGCAGAGGACAAAAAGGAGUUUGAAGACAAGGCCAAGGAAAGGCAAGAGGAGUACCUUGAAAAGUUGCAGGAGUUCAAAGAGUCAAGUGACUACAAGAAGUACCUCAAUGCCAUCAAGGCAAAGCCAGCAGGAAAAGCCAAAGCCAAAGCUGCGACAAAGGACAAGAAGAAGGGCCCUGCGCCACCAGCGUCAAUGCCAAAAAAGCCAGGAACUGCUAUGACGCUGUUCAUGAAGCAAAACAAAGGUGGUGGGACUUUGGCGAAACAGAGUCAAGCUUUCAAGGAACUGCCUGAGGAGGAGCGAAAGAGGUAUGCCGAGGAAGCCAGCAAGAACCUUGAAGAGUACAAUGAGGAGAUGGAGGCUUUCAAGAAGACAGCUGAAGGCAAGAGGUACUUCAGAUUGAAAGCAGCUUCAGAGAAGAAGUCUCGUAUAGAAACCGCAAAGAAGAAGUAUUUGGAGGAUGCCAAGCCGCCGAAGUCAGCGCCAAGCGCCUACCAGCUUUUCGUCCAGGAGAAGAGACCUGCCCUGCAAUCUGCAGGAAAAUCAAUGCAGGAAGUCGCUAAAGAGCUCACGACAACGUGGCGCAGCCUCACAGUCGAAGAACAGAAGCCCUUUGAGGAGAGAGCUGACAAAGCCAAGGCAGAGUACGAGGAGCAGCUAGAAGCAUAUAGGUCCUCACCCGGCUACAAGAAGUUCGAGAAAUUCAAGUCGUCAAUUAACAGGAAGCCAACAAAGAAAACGAAGAAGCCGAAGGCCAAAGCCAAGGGCCGAGCAAAGGCCAAGGCCAAGGGCAGAGGACGACAGAAGGAACCGGAAAAGAAGGCUGAUAACAGCAGUACCAGCGAUGUGAUGGGCUCCGACAGUGACAGCAGCAGUAGUAGCAGUGGGUCUGACUGA